AUUCGCUGAAACGCUGUCCAAUCAUUCAGUCUCGUCUGAAAGCUGUCAAGGUUUCCUCCUCCUGCAAGCAAAGCAUCGUCAUGUCUGGACGUGGAAAGGGCGGCAAGGCGAAGGGCAAGGCCAAGUCCCGCUCCAGCAAGGCCGGCCUUCAGUUUCCUGUAGGAAGGAUUCACCGCCUUCUGCGUAAAGGAAAGUACGCGGAACGCGUAGGCGCUGGUGCUCCUGUGUACAUGGCUGCUGUUAUGGAAUAUCUUGCAGCUGAAAUCCUCGAAUUGGCAGGAAAUGCAGCCCGUGACAACAAGAAGAGCCGCAUCAUCCCCCGCCACUUGCAGCUGGCCAUCCGUAACGACGAAGAGCUCAACAAGCUGCUGUCUGGCGUGACCAUCGCCCAGGGCGGUGUCCUGCCCAACAUCCAGGCUGUGCUCCUCCCCAAGAAGGCCGAGAAGUAGGGGUCUGCCUCUUCCGACUUCCUCGGCUCCAUUCAGAGCUACAAAGACUAUAACUAUAGAAAUAAUAGAUUGUAUCAUAUAGAUA